CGCAGCUUGAAUUUUCAUGUUAAGCUCGCACAACAAAGGCGGCACUUCAGUUGCAAGUUAGGUGUGAAUAGAGCAGGUUCGGCAGAGUCUUGCAGCUACCGAGUUGAAGAAUCUUCUAUCAAUUUUGAAGAAUUCAAAUUUAAACAAAAUUAAAAUAAAUUUUUUUUAACAAAAUGCUUAAAAUCUUGUGUGUUAUUGUUGUUGUUGUAAUGCAAACUGUGAGAGCUCAGGUCUUUGAUGUUGGCCGUUGUUCUACAAAUAUAACAACAGUCCAGGAUUUUCGUGCAGCAGAUUACGUAGGACGUUGGUAUGAAUACUCGAAGUAUCCUUUCAUCUUUGAAAUUCUCGGCAGGUGUAUUUAUGCAGAAUAUGGAGUUUUGUCGAAUAACACGAUAUCUAUUAAAAAUCAUCAAGUUAAUCGCUUUACCGGAAGAAGUGACGAAAUAAAUGGUUCUGCUGUUGAGAGAAGUUCAGCUAAGCUUUACGUGACUUUUGACAAUAUACCAGCCGGUUCCGACUAUUGGGUUUUGGGUACGGAUUACACAAGCUAUGCAGUCGUCUACUCUUGCGUCGAUAUUCUAGGUCUUCUUCAUACAAAAGUCAUCUGGAUUUUGACGCGUGACCGUUUCCCUAGCGAUGAAGUUGUGAAGACUGCACAGGAUGUUAUCACAUCAAAACAAUUAUCCUUGAAUAUGCUGCAAAAAACUGAGCAAAAUAAUUGUCCCGAAAAUUAAUGAUAUUUCGGAAAUGUCUAUGAGCUGCACAUGUAACGCAAAGGGAGUGUAAAUAUGUAAAAAAAAAAGAAUGUUUCAGGAGCAUUUGUGUAAUUGGCUUAAGUAAUAAAUAAUAAAAAAACUAAAUAAAAAUAAAAAAAUAUAUUAGAAU